AUGAUUGAAAGUGAAACCCUAAACCAAGAAGAAAUAAUUAAAGAACUGUGUCUGUGCAAUGGUUUAUCAUAUGAGGUGGUUGGAAAACAAGGAUCAGAUACUUCGAAACUGGAGAUGUUUUUUUCAGGGUAUCCCCGAAUAGUCGGAUUAUCAUUAUUUUCUGAUUUAACAAGUCUUACGAUUGUCGCCCAAGAUAUAAAAGAAAUCUCAGGUUUGGAGACUUGCUUUCACCUUAAGGAAGUCUGGAUUGCUGAGUGCUUCAUAGAGAAAAUUGGAGGUCUUCAGAAAUGUAGCAAAUUGGAAAAAUUGUAUUUAUAUUAUAAUAAAAUUUCCAAAAUAGAAAAUUUAGAGAAAUUAACCAGAUUGGAAGUUCUUUGGCUGAACAACAAUGCAAUUAAAACUAUUGAGGGCUUGCAGACUUUGAAGAAUUUAAAUGAUCUUAACCUUGCUGGCAAUCUAAUAAGCAGCAUAGGUAAAUGUCUUGACCCUAAUGAACGCUUGGAAAGAUUAAACCUCUCUGGAAACCAAAUAUGUUAUUUCAAGGAUAUUACCAAUUUAGCCAGGCUGUCUUGCUUAAAGGAUUUAUGUCUGAAUGACCCUCAGUAUAAAACCAAUCCAGUGUGUCUGCUGUAUAAUUACUCCACACAUGUGUUGUUUCACUUGCCUUUCCUUCAAAGACUUGACACCCUCGAUGUAUCAGCGAAGCAGAUCAAGGAGCUGGCAGACACCACAGCAAUGAAAAAAAUAAUGUAUUACAAUAUGCGUAUCAAAACUAUUCAGAGACAUCUUAAUGAAGAUAUUGAGAAACUAAAUGAGAGAAAAUGUAAAUUACAAAAGUUGCCCGAAGAACGGAUAAAAUUAUUUAGCUUUGUGGAAAAAAAUUUGGAACGGGAACUAGCCGAACUAAAAGGAUCUUGCAAAGGGCACAGUGAUCGAUCCAUUAACAAUAAAUUAAAUGAACUUGAGAAAUCAAAGAAUUCAGAAACUAUUACAGAAGAGCCAACUCUUCAACAGAAGAUACUGACCAAACUCAAUGCCUUGAAUGAAAGGGUCACAUUCUGGAACAAAAGGAUUGAUGAAAUUGAAGCGACAUAUCGUGCUGAGGUAAAACAAAAGAAGAAAAGCCAUGGCUUGCUGAUCCCCUUUUUGUUAACUGAGCUGGAGACUGUGGGGAACAUCCACUUCGAGGAAGGCUCGGAAUCGGACGACUGGUUUACUUCAUGCUACGAAUUAAUACAGUCACGCUUUUGUUCCCGAGACUUCAGGGCAUAUGGCAUUACAGGAUUAAAAGUAAAACGUGUUAUUAAAGUUAACAACCGUAUUCUGAGACUAAAAUUUGAAGAAAAGUUUCAGAAGUUUAUGGAUUGUGAAGAUACGCACGGUUCAGAGGACCAUCGGAAAAUGAUGGAAUGCCUUUUUUACAUGUUUGAUCCUGAAGUGACCGUGAAGAAAAAGCAGCUGCUGCAGAUACUUGAAAAAGGAUUCCAAGGCAGUGAGGCAAGCAAGCUGCCCCUCAGGACAGAAGCUGUCAUUCUUUCCAACAGCCUCAGUAUGUGCGAGGGUCCCAGAAUCGAUUUCCUGAAGCAGAAGUACCAGGACAAGAAGCAAGCCACUGCCGAGGGUGAACUCUUCAGACACGGCAUCCUCCUGCUUACGAAGGUUUUUCUUGGCCACAGCGUUCAGGCUCCUGAACAAGAAUCCGUCAGUCAAGCCAACUAUCCAAUGGCCAAUUCAGUGUUUAUUCCUCAGAAACAUUUCCUAAAUUCUAUCAUGGAACCGAGGAACUGUGACUGUGGCUUCCGCCAGUGCAAGUGGUUUGUCUUUGAUCAUGACCUUGUUUUGCCAGAAUAUGUUGUUGAAUUUGAAUUUAUUACAGUGGUCAUGCCUCACUCUUUAUUUUCUUCGGUCAACAAUGUCAUUCUAGAAGAAAGCAAAAGAAUUUCAGAAGGAUCAUUAUUGUCCCUGGAUUUAAAAUCCGAUGAUGAAGUUAUGAACAUGGAACCCAAGAUCAAGCCACGACCAAAACUCAUUAGUUUGGAUAGCAAGACAAUAUUCUCCCUUGCCAAGACUAACAUUUAUGGUCACAUUGUGAAUCUGAAUUUACAUGGAAACAGCUUGACCAAAUUGAGAGAUCUCUCCAAGUUGACAGGACUCCGAAGGCUGAAUAUUAGCUUUAAUGAGUUUACUUGUUUAGAUGACAUAUACCAUUUGUACAACCUUGAGUACUUGGAUGCAAGCCAUAACCACGUGAUAACCCUGGAGGGAUUUAGAGGUCUGAUGAAACUGAAGCACUUAGACUUGAGCUGGAACCAACUGAAAAAAUCAGGGGAUGAAAUAAAUAUGUUAUGUAAACACACCACAAGCCUUCUCACUCUUAAUAUUCAACAUAACCCAUGGCAAAAGCGAAACACAUUGAGACUGAGUGUUAUUGGCAGAUUGAAGACUCUUACGCAUUUAGAUGGAGUCCUCAUCACUCAAGAAGAAGCCAGAGCUGCUAUGAGGUUUAUUGCCAGAACCAAGAUUACUCAGUUAUCUAUUUUGCGACAUUGUAGUACUAAAGAAGAGAGACCACGAGUACUUACCAUAUGGCCUUUUGCAAAAAUUCUGACACAAAUUUCCAAGCUGGGACCCCACGCACAUCUGAGUGGAAACUGGUACCUAAAGAUAACUGCCUUAAACUUAGAUGGACAGCAUCUGUUUGAAAUCACAAAUUUAGAAAAAUUAGAGAAUUUGAAGUGGGCAUCAUUCAGCAACAAUAAUCUCACUAAAAUGGAGGGACUGGAGUCCUGUAUUAACCUGGAAGAGCUUAUAUUAGAUGGAAACUGCAUCUCUAAAAUAGAAGGCAUUUCCAAGCUGACUAAAUUAACCCGCCUCAGCAUAAACAAUAAUCUCCUGACAUGUUUGGAAAAGCAUGCUUUCGAUAACAUGCUCCAUCUUCACUCCCUCUCUCUUGAGAACAACAGAAUCACAUCUCUGAGUGGCUUACAAAAAACUUACACUCUGAUUGAAUUAUAUAUCAGCAAUAACUAUAUUGCUCUCAAUCAUGAAAUCCACAAUUUAAAGGGUUUAUACAACUUGGUCAUUCUGGACAUAUACGGAAACAUUAUUGUAUGGAGUCAGGAAAACUACCGGUUGUUUGUAGUGUUUCACCUUCCGGAGCUGAAAGCCUUGGACGGAAUCUCAAUCGAUCAACUAGAGACCGAGUGUGCGAAAGAUUUGUUUGGUGGCAGACUGACUUCUGACAUGAUUUCAGAAAGACAAGGACAUUCCAACUUCGUCCAAAUGCAAGAAUUAAACUGGACUUCCUCAUCCAUCAGGACCGUGGAUUUAAUUCCCAUUGACCAGUUUAGGAAUGUGUGUACCGUGAAUCUACAGAACAACAAUCUGACAUCCUUCAGCGGAUUGAUCUAUCUGCCCAACGUGAAGGUUUUAUGCCUCAACUAUAAUCAUAUUGAAUCAAUCAUGCCCAGACUCAAGCCUCCGACUCACUUAAGCAGUAGACAACUACUCCACCAGAAAGUGGCUUCAAGUGGCUAUGGGCAGCACGGAACUUCUAAAAUCAACAGAGACGCAGUAGGCGGGGAACAUCUGCCUCCAAUGAUGCACAGUUUAGAAGUUCUUCAUUUGGGCUACAAUGGAAUUUGUAAUUUAAUCCAGCUACAAGUGAACAGACUAAGAAACUUAAAAUACCUCUUUCUACAGGGAAAUGAGAUCAGUCAAGUCGAAGGGCUUGACAACUUAGCAGUGCUCCAGGAGCUGGUGGUGGACCAUAACCGCAUCCGCUCAUUCAACGACAGUGCCUUCGCCAAACCAAGUUCCCUGUUGGCACUUCAUCUGGAGGAGAACAGACUACGGGAGCUGAACAAACUACAGCAUUUGGUAAAACUGGAGAAACUCUACCUGGGAUAUAAUAAAAUACAGGAUAUCACAGAGUUGGAAAAGCUUGAUGUUAUCUCUUCUCUUAAAGAGCUUACGAUUUAUGGCAAUCCAAUUUGUAGAAAAGCACUACACCGCCCUGUGCUCAUAUUCCGACUGCCGAACUUGCAGAAGUUGGAUGGAAUUCCCGUGACUCCGGACGAUAGGGCAAAGGCUGAGGUGCAACUUUCUGAGCCACAAGCAAAGAAAAAUUUGGCUGUUCCUGCCAACAGCUGCCCUGCGGAUGGCUCAGCGUUCAGCCAUCUCAAGGCUCCUCCCGUGAAGAUGGCCAACGUGACCCUGCCUGGAGGAUUUAGCCAUUACUUGGGCCCCGACUUCAUUUUAACUCCUGAACUUGAAGACAAAAAAAGCAAGAAUGCCGGCAUUUUGACCAACAAUCCUAGGAGCAUCCAUGCCGAAAUCGCUUUUCGGCAACUCAGGGGGAUCGUCAUGCCACACCAGAGCCUUGCAUCGCCAGCAGCACAGAUGUACCAGAGCGGCCACGAGGGGGCGAGGUAG